AUGCUCGACAUCCUGGUAGUCGCUCCUCUUCCGACCGUUCGGACGGCAGACAAAGUUCCUGCAAAAACAAAAAUCGAUGUGGAGAAAUUCGACGAAAAUUUCCCCGAACUUUGGUUUAGGCGUCUCGAAGUUCAAUUCGAGGCCGCAAGCAUCGUCAAAAGUGGAUCCCGUUUCGCUGAACUCCUUCGAUUCCUGGAGAAACGCCAUUCGUUGGCAAUCGCAGCCGUUUUGGACGACGCCAACCCGGAAUAUCGAUACGAGGAGGCUAAGAAAACUCUCUUGUCACUUUUCCAGAAAGACAAGCCGACGAGAAUCGCUUCCAUCUUGGGAGAGAAGCUGGGAGAUGGCGAGAAUUUCGCAGACAUAAGAGCACGCAUUUCUCCUCGAGUUGACGACCUGAACGUAGACGAUUUCGUUAAGUUUGUACUUUUCCGAGAGGCUCCGAGGAAUCUGGCAACUCACCUUGCCACGAAGUUUGACGAACUGUCCUUGACGGAUUUUCAACGCGCAGCAGAUCAGCUACUUGCUGAUGAGAGACGUCGGAACGGAUCGUCUUCCGUAGGAGCGGUUCAGGUGCAGGCGAAGUCAUCCUCGAGCAGAAAGAACAAAAAGAAAACGUGGAACUCAGGCAUGGAAAAAUCCCAGAAAGACCCUCAAGCUAGGGGAGAG